UGUACACACACACAGACAUGUACAUACACACAGACAUAUACACACACACAGAAACAUGUACACACACGCACAGAAACACAUGUACACACACACACAUACAGACACAUACACAUGUACAUACACACAGACACAUGGACACAUGUACAUACAGACACAUGUACGUGCAUACACACAAACACACACACACAUGUACACGUACACACACACACACACAGCCCUAUAAAAAAUUGCAGUACUUCGUUGCUCACUCACAGAGCCGGGUACUGCACUCUAGGGGGAGGCAG